UGCUUGGAGAAACACAACGCCAUUUUCACUGAGUGCAGCUCCAGACAGAUGCGUCUGAGCUGAGACCUCAGUGUUUUCGCCGUCGCACAUUAUGACUGUGUGAUUAUGAGACUAUUGUCUCUGCGCCACUCUGUGAUUUGAGCUCGUGCUGGUGGAAUAGGACUGUCAGUGGCAGGAACUUCCCCCGUCGAGCGCCGGAAGACUGGACACGCACACAACUGCCCCAAACCCUCACAAUCAGGCUGCGGAGCGUUAUAUUGACUGGAGGUUCGUGGAGGGACGAGGAGGAGCAAACCCUGUUACGGUUGUGUGUGAUCUGGAUGCUCCGCAGAACGGAUGCGUGAGGACAUGUCGAGCGUGGUGUGCGUGAAGGAGACGGACGGGCAGGGGGACCCCGAAGAGAAGCUGUCCCAGGACGAGCUGCUAUGUCGGACACGGGAGGUCAUGCAGGGGCUGGAGGCGCUCCGUGCAGAACAUCAGGUCAUCCUAGAGGGGCUGAUGGGGACCUUGCGCUGCCUCAAACAGAGCCAGGAGGGUCGUGCUGUUGAGGAGAAGACAGCCAUGAUCCAGCGCUCUAUGGAGAUGCUGGAGCUGGGCCUCAGCGAAGCACAGGUGAUGAUGGCUUUGUCAGGGCACCUGAGUGCAGUGGAGGCAGAGAAACAGAAGCUUCGAGCACAGGUGCGUAGGCUGUGUCAGGAGAACCAGUGGCUGAGAGACGAGCUGGCAGGAACCCAGCAGCGGCUGCAGAAGAGUGAGCAGAGCGUGGCCCAGCUGGAGGAGGAGAAGAAACAUCUGGAGUUCAUGAACCAGCUCAAGAAAUAUGACCAGGACCUCAGCCCAUCAGAUGAUAAGGACUCUGAUUCCAGUAGGGAGACACUGGAUGAUCUUUUCCCAGAUGAGCAGGAUGAGCCGGGCCCUGGCAUCCAGCCUCCUCACAGCAGUGCAGCGGCAGCAGCGCAGCAGGGAGGGUACGAGAUCCCCGCUCGUCUCAGAACCCUCCACAACCUGGUGAUCCAGUACGCCUCGCAGGGCCGGUAUGAGGUGGCCGUUCCUCUCUGCAAACAGGCUCUGGAAGAUCUGGAGAAAACAUCUGGACACGAUCAUCCUGAUGUAGCCACCAUGCUCAACAUUCUUGCCCUCGUCUACAGGGACCAGAAUAAAUACAAAGAGGCAGCAAACCUCCUUAACGAUGCACUGGCCAUCAGAGAGAAGACCCUGGGCAGAGACCACCCUGCGGUGGCUGCCACAUUGAACAACCUGGCCGUUCUUUAUGGCAAACGAGGGAAGUACAAGGAAGCAGAGCCUCUGUGUAAAAGGGCACUGGAGAUCAGAGAGAAGGUGCUGGGGAAGGACCACCCUGAUGUUGCCAAGCAGCUGAAUAAUCUGGCCUUGCUGUGUCAGAACCAAGGCAAGUAUGAAGAGGUGGAGUACUACUACCAGAGGGCCCUGGAGAUCUACCAGACCAAACUGGGCCCUGACGACCCUAAUGUGGCCAAGACCAAAAACAACCUGGCUUCAUGCUAUCUGAAGCAGGGGAAGUUUAAGCAGGCAGAGACUCUGUAUAAAGAGAUCCUCACCAGAGCCCAUGAGAGAGAGUUUGGCUCUGUAGGUGACGAAAAUAAACCCAUCUGGAUGCAUGCAGAGGAGAGAGAAGAACAAAGCAAGGGCAAGCAGAAGGAUGGUUCUCCAUUUGGAGAAUAUGGUGGCUGGUACAAGGCCUGCAAAGUCGACAGCCCGACUGUCACGACCACACUGAAGAACCUCGGAGCUCUCUACAGGAGACAGGGCAAGUUUGAGGCUGCGGAGACUCUGGAGGAGGCGACUCUGCGCUCCAGAAAGCAGGGUCUGGACACGGCACAUAAGCAGCGUGUGGCAGAGGUGCUGGGAGACCCUGAAGUACGAGAGAAGCAGAGGAGCCGUGAGAGCCUGACCUCUGACACGGUGAAGUACGAAAGCGGCCCUGACGGAGGAGAGGAAGUGAGUAUGAGCGUGGAGUGGAACGGGGACGGCUCGGGCUCGCUGAAGCGCAGUGGUUCCUUUAGUAAACUGCGGGCCUCUAUCCGGCGCAGCAGUGAGAAACUGGUCCGCAAGCUCAAAGGAGGCAGCUUACGAGAAAACGAACCCAAAAACCCGGGCAGCAUGAAGAGGGCCAGCUCUCUUGGAGUUCUCAACGAGCCGGAUAAACCUGUGGCUGAACUCAAAGAACGAAAUAAUCGUCUAAGGAAGUCGCGAGACCUGAGUUCCAGUCACACUGACCUGGCGCAUUGAAGGUCUGCUGUUGGACGUCCCGAUGAAGAGAGGUACUAAGAGGUCUCAUCAUCAGGCUGAAGUGAACUGUGUUUUUGACAGGACUACCUUCUCCAGAGGUUACUUUUGCUCUCGUGUCUCUGUAUAUGUAUUUAAUUUCUGGUAAGUUAGCUGUAGAAAUGACAACUGAUGUAAAAACUCAACCAGAACCAAAGUGCACAACAAAUUUGAGAUUAUGAUGAAAAUGUCAAAAACCAGAAAAUCGAUAAUGCUAUUCAUACUCCGGUUGAGACUAGACGCUCUUAAUGGCAUUUUUGCUGCUUUCAUGUGGUUUAUUUUUCUUUUGUUUUAUUUUGAGAUGUACUUUGACGCUUUUUUGAAACCAGCAACUAUAGGACUGUUUUUAUUAAUGAAGGAUUAUAAUGACAGAGGUGUGCAUAUUUGUGUGUUUAUAGACACAAAAUUGUUUGGAGGGGUUUUUUUUGUACCACUUUCCCUCUUUGUGACUUAAUAUUCUGCUAUUGAUGACUUUAAUGUUGUUUAUACUUUGAGUUACACUAGAGGACCAUGAUGCUAAAGUAUGGAUUCAAUCAAACUUAUUCCCUCGAUAAAGAGAGAACUGCACCGUGUUUAUGAAGGUCUACGUUUACAUGAGUGAUGGUUCAGUGAUGCACAUUUUCUUAUUGCUGUUGAGAAGUGGAAAGGGAUCUGGUUUAUAAUGAAAGAAAUAGGAAAAUAGUAAAAAAGAAAAUAAUUUAAAGUGGUUACUGUCGUUGAGAUCUAUGUGGAUUAAAUCUCAGGACUGAAAGAACGGAUUCAUUAUGCAAAGUAACUGCACUUUGAACGAUCUCAAAGGAUAAUGUUACACUAUCAACCCUUUGCAUGUUACAGAACUAAAUUGAGGUGAUUACUUCAGUUUUAAUCGGUUACAUUUGGUUUAUAGAUGCUUUUGGUUGAUCUGUAAACUGAAUAUUACAAGUUUUCAUGAACAAUAACAACAGGAAGUCUUUCUGUUAUUUGUGAGGUAAAGCAACGCUGUUAUCUAACAUGAGUUAUAAGUACUGCUACUCCAGAUAAAAAUGCACUGGAAUAUGAUUUCUGUUCCCAGAUGUUUAACUACAGUACCUGUUUGAAAGCGGUGUGCCUUGUGAGGGCCUCAGGCAGGUUCUUACUAAUGACUGUGGAAGUUACUGAUUUUGAGUGUGACAGCAGAACAGUUUGAGCUCUGUAAGGUCAAAUGUCGGUCACGGUUUUACGAAGUAAAUAUUAAUUUUUAAUACUGUGGUCAAAUAAAAGCCCACUAUAUAUAUCAGUGUAUCAUGUCAUGGAUUUAUGCUAAUAUAGUGCACUGCUCAACUGGCCUACUUGACUUUGUUUCUACUUUCUUUGUUCUCUUUAUCCAUGUAACUCUUUCUAUGUAAUAUAUUACUGUCUCAUGCAGUAAUUAGUUCAUCUUGUGUGUACAAGUGUUUUUUCUGUAUAAAACGCAUAUUAAUGCUCUGCAUUGUGACAAUGUGCAAUAGGGUAGCUGCUGUGUGUUGGCUGGUUUUGAUCUCGCAUGCAAUGUUUUACUGACAAAAGCUGGAAUAUCUGCUUGGCUUGUGUUUCGGUUAUCUUUGUACUCUAAACGAAUAAAUAUAUCAUUUACAUUUUUGUACAUCGAGUAUUCAGUAGUUUUAUGUCACUAAUUUGAGCUUUGUUACACACUUGUGGCACAUAUGUGCCUUUCACAUGUUCAAAUUUGAUUUUCAGAUGGUUUAUGUUUUGCGUUUUUGACUGUUGAUCAGUUUGUUGUAUUUAGCCGUCAUUGCGUUUUU